CUCCUUGGGCAGCAGGCUUCAGGCUGAUUGCCCUCGGCCUCAGUUGUUUCAAGCCCUGGAGAAGAUGAACAUCUCCUGAUCAGACCAUGCUGGACAAGAGCUGGAGUUUGAUCCCAACUCUGCAAAACAAAGAGAUGAUCACACCUAUCCUGCUCCUGUAGGUCCAUCAGGGGCAGAUCUGAGACCCUGAGUUCAGGGAAGUGCUCCCAUCCAACGUGCUCACAGCCCUGGAUAGGAAGGCAGGGCUCCACUUUUGGCACAUUUCCCAGCCCUGGCUUAGUUGCUUAGCAACAGCUCUGUGUCUGUAAGUGAGGACAUUCAUACUAUGGCAGCCAAGAGGAUACUGGUGUAUCGAAAUGGGGACCCUUUCUUCCCAGGCCACCAGCUGGUGGUGACCCAACGCCGCUACCCCACCAUGGAGGCUUUCCUUUAUGAGGUGACAUCAGCUGUGCAAGCCCCACUGGCUGUACGUGCCCUCUACACGGUUAGUGAUGGCCACCCUGUCACCAGCCUGGCUGACCUACAGAGCGGAGGGCGGUAUGUGGCUGCUGGCUUUGAACGCUUCCACAAGCUCCCCUAUUUGCCUCCUGGAAGGAAACACCCAGGGGGGAAGAACAGGCAACAACAUCCUCCCUUGUCUCAAUGCCCACGUGAUGGCACUUUUGGACAGUGGCUGCCAGCAGAUGCCCCCUGCAGAAUCCAUGUGUUCAGGAACGGGGACCUGCUGAGUCCCCCCUUUAGUGUGAAGCUGUCCCAGACUGCCAUCCAGGACUGGGACACGGUGUUGAAUCUGCUCAGUGAGAAGGCUACAUUACAGAGCGGGGCUGUACACAAACUCUGCACCCUCGAGGGGCUCCCACUGUCCACAGGGACUGCUCUGGUGAAUGGCUGUUACUAUGUGGCUGUUGGAGAAGAAGAAUUCAAGGCCCUGCCCUAUACCGAGCUGCUGGUGCCCAGCCCCUGUCUGUCCAGGGGCUGCUGCAGGUAUCCUCCAGGCCUGCAGUACAAAGGCCACAGGCAGAGGGUCCAGGGCCACAAGGCCCCGGCAGCCCAGCCUUCUCCAGAGGAGCCGGGGGAAACUGAGCCAUCCGCUUUCUAUGCCAGGUCCCAGGAGUCCCCUCGGCCAUGGAGCAAGCUCGCUGCUCUCUCGUUUGCGUCAGGAGUUAAGGGAGUCUAUGGGGCUCGGUACCCGGGCAAGGAGACAGCUGGGGCGCAGGAAGUGGAGGAGGAUGAAAACACCUGCACAGAGGAGCCUGUGGAUCAGAGGGCAGCAGAGACGGUAGAAGAGGCCUUGUCUGCGCAACACCAGCCUGGGCCUGAAGCUGUAGCCCCAACCUCCGCCCAUGCUCCACCACCUUAAGAGCUGGGAGCUCCCGAUACAAACUGGGGACAACCAUUCCCAGGCACCUCUAGGCCCCAGCUCUCAGCAACCAGUUCUGGAGAAGCCACGCCUCCUGGGCUAACAGUGGGUGUGGCCUACUCAGUCACUGGAGAGCGACCAAGUGCUAAGGAGGCUAUUCUGUAUAUGAUCCCUGCCAGAGACACUGCAGACUUAUUACAAAUAAAAUAUUUGCUAAGCUU